UGCCCCUUUUGGUUCCGGGCUUCUGCAGAGCUCCAGCCUCCCGAUGGCAAAGCCCGACCUUGCUGCUCUCGGCGAGCCCUUGAGGAAGAGGAUCCGGGCGCAGGCCAGUUGCGGCAUCUGCCGGGGCUUUUACACCGAGCCGGUGCGCCUGUGCUGCUGCGGGGCCAGUUUCUGCCGUGCCUGCGUGGAGGCGCUUUUGCCCGCCGCCUGCCCGGACUGUGGCGCCGCUCUCGACCCGGCCCGCCUGACGCCCAACCAGAGUUUAGCCCGCCUGGUGGAGAUCGCCGGGAAGCUGCUGGAGCAGGAGGAGAGGCGGCAGGCCGGCGGGGCGGCAGGCGGCGAGGCCCCCCUUGCAGAAGAGACCCUCUUCUGCAAGCAGGACCGAGCUCUCCUCUGCCCCUCGUCCUACGUGCCCGAAGAGCACCGAGGUCACGACGUGGUCCCGGCGGGCCAGGCGAGCCAAGAGUACAAGGCUCAUAUACAGAAAUGCCUGAUCCAUCUGAAGAAGGAGGAAAAAGACAUUCUGUUGAAUAAAACAACCUUCGAAAUAGACUGUGAACACUAUGCUAGGCGAGCAACACUGAUGCUGGGAAAGACAAAGACUGAGUUCCAAAAGAUGGAGGAGUUUCUGGAAAGGCAAAAGAGAGAAGUGCUGGCUCGGGUGACAGAGGUGUACAAGGAAAUCAAAAUGGACAAGAAAGAGCAGAUCUUUGCACUCUCCGAUAAUCUGACCUUUCUAAAAGAUAUCAGGUUUGAGAUGGAAGAGGUGAUCCAGAUGCCAAGGAAUGAAUUCCUGGAGCAAAUUGAAUGCACCCUGUGGAUGUAUGGAGAGAGAGAGACGGCUGACCCUAAAGGCUCUCUUUAUGUCAACGUUGAGAACAAGCUCUGCAGCCUGAUUGGUAUCCAAACGUUUGUGAUUCAUGAAUUGACAAAUUUUAGAGAGCGAAUGGCACGUGGACUAGAUCAGCUCAGAGGAGAAAUUCCAGCCCUCAGUCCCAGCGAAAGGGAUCCUGCUGUCGUUGAACCUGAGGAAUCUCAGUUGAGGAGCAUCUUGGAUGAAGCUCUGCCUAGCAAUCCUGAGAGUUCCAGCCCUCAGUCUGAAUGAUGUCAAGUUUUUGUAUGUUAUUGCCUUGAAGUUUGUAAAACCUUUUCAAUAAAAUAAUUUCGUGCUCAUUUUUAAAA